AAUAUAUUGACGAUUUGUGGUCUAAUUUAAUGUUUUAUAUUACUUAUUACUAUCUUCACAAACACAUUAGAGCAUCUAAUAUAAAAAUGGAUGGAAAACUAUUUUUCACUAUUUUGGUAUUGACCAUUUAUGGACAUAAUACUUUUGCUGGAGAUGACAUGUACCCAUACGAAGCAGACCCAGAACUUGUUAACCGAAUCCUGAAUAUAAAAGAAAUGUACAAUGUCAUUGAGUCUAUUGGAAAUUACCUCAACUAUGAAAGUAUGUUAUCAUCAUCUGCAGAAGAAAUCAAAAAAUCGUACAAAGCUGUUAGAGCAAAGAUUAAGAAACAAAAGGAAGAUAAUGCUGCUUUGAGACUUCGAAUAACUUCAGCCGAGUACCCUAUCAAAAAUUCAAAGGAAAUAUUAGAUGCUUUAACAAAGCAAGACAUCGCUUUAAAUAAAUUUGAAAAAAGCGUGAGAUCAUUCAUGAGAACAACUGGUUCUGUUAAGAGAAAGACAAAUUCUAUGAAGACAACUUUAAAUACAGCUAAUGACACAGUGGUUGAUGCAAAGGAAAUUAUAGGCGUUUAUCUUGUUCCAAAUGAAGGGGAUCCUAGACCAGGUAACCCCUGUGUUUUGAACAACAAGGUAUGUGGUGAUAAUGGCAAGUGUACAUUUGGUGUAGGUUUUUAUUGUGAAUGUGCAGGAUUCUACAGAGGAACAUAUUGUGAGAUAAGAACAGAGGAAGAAUGUACGCUGAGGUGUCCAUUUGAUAUUGGUGAUAGGCAAUCAAAAUGUUUGGUCUACAAUGGUAUACAGACAUGUGAGUGCCCCAGUAUGCUUAUUGCCGAUCUGGGAUGUGUCGCUGUCCCUGGGUCAAAUAAAGAUUUUGGACGAUGCAGAAUGAACUGUGAAGACGAAGAAGAAGAGGAAGAAGAAGAAUAAACAUGACAAUAUGUUCAUUAAAUUAAAGAAAUAUUUUGAAAAAGGUUACAAUGAAUGCCAAGUUUAAAAAAAUGAAUGUUGAAAAUUAACUGUGGAAUUAAAUAAAAAAUAAAUUCAUUAAAUAAAAAAAGUAAAUAUUUUGAGAUAAGUUACAAGGAGAAUAAGAAUCCAUGGAAUACACAUGGAACCAGUGUCCAAGAGUGAAAUGAAAAUCAUGGAUGUUGCAUAAUGGACUGUUGAGAAUAGAAUAUAUUCACUAAAUAAUAAAUAGAUUAUAUGUAAAGGAUGAAAGGGAAUGAAAUCCUUCAAAAUGCAUUCAUUUUAGUUGUUUGAAUGUUUCAGGUGAAGAAUAAAUUAGGCCUAUUGUGAAAAAUAUUAA